CGACUCGUACGCCAUUCUAUUUGAAACGCGAGUGCCGUGCGGACGUAACCAUGGGGAGCUAUAACAUGUCUAAAGUCGCUUUGUACGUCCUAAAUACCAUUUACGCAAUACUGGGCUUGGCCAUAGCCGCCGCGUCUAUUUGGUUCUUCUGCGAAGUACACGACUUCACGAGCUUACGGAAUAGCAACCAUUACUUGCUGGAUUACACCGUGUACUGGCCGCAAGCUGUACCAUGGAUCUUCCUGGUUGUCGCGCUGAUGGUGAUUGGAGUGUCGUGCUGUGGUUUCGCCAGUGCUCACAAGAGAAGCCGCGGUUUUAUUACCAUGUUUGUGACUGCGCAAUCGAUAGCUGUAGUAUGCAUGAUCGUGGCUGCUACCCUGGCGCUAGUUUUCGCUGACAACAAAUCCACUGACGACUUCUUUAAGGACACCGUAUGGGAUGUGUACUUCCAGUCGAAGAACGAUCGUGAAGUCGCCUCGUCGUUCGGCUUGAUCGAGCGCAAGUUGCACUGCUGUGGUGCCGACAGUCCGAGGGAUUACAAGAAUUGGAAGAACGAGUUCCCGAUGUCCUGCUGUGACACUUAUUAUCAUGGAUUCCUGGAUACCUACACUAUAGAAUGCGAAUUUACUAACAAAUUGGCGAAUGAAAGGUACGGCUGCUCGACUGUGGCUGCGCAGUAUGCGCGAAUUGCGAUCAAAGUUCUCUCCGGAGGUCUGAUCUUCACUGCAAUUAUCGGGCUCCUCACUAUGGGUGUAGCGAUAGCCUUGUCGAAGUCAUUGGAGAAAAAACGAAGGCUUCAAGCGUUGAAGAAUGAAUCUGAAAGCAAAAAGGUGCUAUUGUAAGGUGUCAAGGCGAUCUACGUAAGUACAAAACUUGGCCAAAGAUAAACGCUUAUUACAAAUAGUUUUAUAACGUAUUAAGAGCUGAUUUUUCGACCAGAUACACUUCAUAAUAGAUAUAUAGUCUAUCUCUUUCUUUUGUAUUGAAUUGUGUGAGAUGUAUUGAAAAAUCGGCCCUUUUUGUAAUACAUCGGUGCUGUAUUCAUAUCACAUUUAAUUAAACGAUUCAAAAGUUUUGAAAUUCUGUAGAUUCUACAUGUUUUGUGUUAUUUAAACAUGUUUGAAUCUAGGUUUUGGCCAAGUUUUUAAUGGAUUGAAAACACGUUUGUUGCGUAUAGAGAUGACAUCAUGUAAUAGCAAGCGAUCAGCUAGGGUUGUCAACAAGAUAAUUUGAGAUUUAUUUAUUUAUUUAUUACCAACAACUUUAAAUUGGUCGUUUAAUGUAUGGUUUGAAAUGUGAACUAAGUGACCUUUGCAAUUUUAUUAUUAUAAUAGUUAUUUCAUGUAUCAUUUUUUAUGUAAACAGAACAAUUAUAUGUAAUUCUUGACAAAGGAUUUGAUAAUGUGGAAGAUACAGUACUCCAAAAGUGAUAAUGCGCAUAGAAAUCUUCGUCACAGUUCGGUAACUGAAAUAUUCCCGGAGCGUCCGAAGACGAUAUGUAUAUAGAGUGGUUAAAUACAUUUUCUUCAUGCAUAAUUUAGUAAAAUUUGUUUAGUAAAAUAAAUACAUUUUGGAAAUACGACAAUUAGCGAAGAUUUGCAUGCGCAUUAUUAAUUUUGGAGUACUGUAGUAGUUUUUAAUAUUUUGUUAACCAAUGACAUUUUAAAGAUAUAGGCCGUAUGGGUUUUAAAGACUGCACUUUUUAGAAUAUCUAAGUUAUAUGGGACCCUUUUAGCAUUUAGUUUUAUGUUUGCUUUAACUUAAAGUACACUGAGGAGAGAAUAUCCACUUUAAUAUGUAAUUAAGUUAGAAAUUAUAUAAUGUAAAUAAAUAGGUAAGUAUUAGGUUACGUUAUUUAUAUUUUUGUAUGUGUGUUGUGUCAAAUAGUUAUUUUUAUAACACUUUAACCGGUUAAAGUAAGUUAAUAAUUUAUGUGUAUAAUUGUUAUAGGUAUAUAGGAUCAAAGUUAGUUUAAGUGAGUAUUGUAAUAAAAGUCGAAAUCUCAUAUUAUGCGAAUGCUUUUAUUAAUGUUUAAUUUUACACAUUUUUAUUGUUUGUUCCUUUAAAAAUAAAUCAAACAAAGAAAAUAUUCGAUUCUAAUAAUGGUAGUAAUCGCAUGUUUACCGCCUAAUAUUAAAUCUAGGUUUAACUAAAAUGUGUAAGCCCUAUGAAUAAUUUCACACAAAUGAUCUAAGUUUUGUGUUUACUUCUGACUUAAGCGAAGUAUUUGAUUAUUUGAUGUGAAUUUCGAUGAUUAUGUAAUCGUUAUUUAUGCGAAGUAAACAACUUGAAAUUUAAAAUACCUUUUUAUAUAACUUCUUUUGUUAUUUAUGCAAACAAAACGAACAUUGCCAAAAUAUUGUAUUUUUCUUUGACAUUUUUUUAUGUAAUUUAGUUGAAUUAAAUUCGGCGCAUCCUUUUCGGAACAUUAGUGAUUUUAAACGAUAUAUUAACCACCGUUUAAGUUAACGAUAAUUUUUUUAACUAUUUUAAAUAUAGUUUUGUGUCAUAACAUGGUCCAAUUUAGAUAAUAAUAAUGAAGGCGGGAAAAUGUAAUAAUCUCGAUAUAAUAAUAUUUAUUUGUAAAUAUAGGU